ACAAUCCAUCGAAGAAUCCGCAUCUUAAAUAAAAUACUUCGACGUUUAACCCAGCCGCGCUUUAGUCCGAAUUUGACUAUUUUCGCUCAGGCUUCUGGCGGGCCAACUAAAAAAAAAACUCGAGAGGGUCCUUGGAGCCGCCUGUCAGUACAUGACCGAGGACGCCUGUCUGGAAUGAUGCACGUUUUUAAAACGUCACCGUCAAAAUUAAUAUCUAAUUAACAUAUGAGAUAUGUAAUUAAUUUACAAAAAAAACCAUAUAAUAUUACGUUAGCCGACUAAUUUUUUGUUUUGCUGUUUUCUUUUUGGUGCGUGCGCAAUGAGCCUCGAGGCGUGUCCAUUCUGUGGGAAGUCCUACAAAAGGUUAAAGAGCCACCUUCCACACUGCAAGGCCGCGCCCAAGCCAUCGUCCGCCCACCACGACCCCGCCGAGUCUCAAACGCCGGACAGGCUGGCUGCAGACUUGUCCAAAAAGAAGGUGCCGGAGAACAGCGUCACGCCAGCAUCGCCCUUGUCGUCUACUUCUAAAAAGAAAAAGGUGUCUGAGCCAACAUCGCCUGCUUCGAAGCCAAAGAAAAAGAGCGGCGAAGCAGCAAAGCCCAGCCAGGGUCUGCAAAGCCAGCGUCAAAGAUCCGCUCAGCCUGAAGCUAAAAGUGCUUCUAAAAAGAAAGAAGCGGAGAGGGUAGACCUCGGCGAGGAAAAGAGAGACUUUUUAGGGAAAGAGAUUCUAAAUGAGUCAGGAAGUGUGUCCAGGAUUACGCUGCAGCAUGUCGGGAGCACGUUAGGCCGAGCUAAAAGCAGCAGGCCGACCAUUCACAUCCAAACAAACGGUCCGGAGUCAAAGAGAAGUCACGCGAGUGUGUCGCGAGCAGCACCCACACAAGCAUCUUCCGAGACCAUGCUAACCUCGCAGGCGAGCCAGGCCACGCCCCCUCCGCACACCGUCGACAGCCUCAACGUGGGCCUCCGUCACGGGGCCCGACUCCCCUCGGCGUCACUGGGACACUUCCACGGCCUCCCGUCGGGUGCUGAAGAUGCAUUAAUGUCCCGGAAGAAGACAGACAAUUCCUCAGGGCGGGGCCUGGGUCAGGUGACCCUGAGGGAGCUGCCCUGUUGGCUGGCCUGCAGGACUCCGAGCCGCCCGACAGACGUGGUGGAAAUGAUGCAGAGAGGCUGGGGGUGGUACUACAGGAAGUACUUCCACGUGAGGAAAGGCGGCAUCGGCGGCGUGGCCAUGCUGUUGGCAGGGUACUGUGUGCUCAGCUACGUCUGGUCCUACCCCCAUCUUAAGCGUGACCGCUGGAGGAAGUACCACUAAAGGCACACAUUACACCGUGAAAAUUCUCUUCAGACACCUUUCUAUUGUUGAAGUUUGGCAUUAUUUACUCAAAAUGUAACCUGGACAUGUGGGAUUUGUCUGCAGUACCACGAUCCUCCACUCAGUGUCACUGUUGCUUAGUGUCACUUCAAAUAGUGUUGCUGUUAACUUGUGUGCACUGAGGUUCUGAAAAGGAUUAAAAGGGAACAAUCCGGAUUUUUUUUUUUUUUUUUGCUUGAUGCAAUCUGGAAACCCACUUUCUAAACUAUCCUGACGAAUCUCUUGAGGCGGAAGGUUGUUGUUUUUUUCUGUGUGGGUUGCAUAAUCCCUCCCAUUGCAGGAUGUCAUUAAGCAGAAUGCUCACAGAAUAGCAAUGAAGACCUCAGCCAAACUGGGCCUCCUGUUUUACUACUUAAAAUGAAUUUUUUUUUUUUUGCUUUUUUAACUACAAAUGAAGAAAUGACCUUUUUUUGUCUAUUUUUCCACACAGCACUUGGCCAACAUAAUAAAAAAUAAACAUUU